AUGAUUGAAUCAAUUUAAGUGUUUUUAUCUGAAUUUUAAAAUAGUAAUUUGCUAAUUAAGUUCUUUGUAAUUUUAGGAUUAUACCACAUACUAACUUAUCUGAUCUCUAUAAUUGACUUCUUUGUUAGAUUGGCACAGCCAGGGUUAGAUCUUUAAGCUAGAUUUGGUUAAAACAGUUGGGCAAUAGUUACUGGAGCAUCUGAUGGAAUUGGAAAGUAGUUCUGCUAUUCUUUAUCAAAAAGAGGAUUUAAUGUCGUGCUUAUUGUUAGAAACUAAGAAAAGACGUUGCCUAUUGUAGAUGAUCUUAAAAAAAAAUUUCCAUCACUAUCUUAUAAAAUUGUGGUAGCUGAUUUCUCAAAUAGCUUGAAAGAUGAUUCUUUUUUCAAUAAUAUUGUUGAAAAAGUAAAAAAUUUGGAUGUUUCGAUUCUUAUUAAUAAUGUAGGAAUAGAUUUAGCAGCAGGCGAAAAGUAUUAUCAUAAAUUACCAGUCAAGAAUGUUAUUGAAAACAUUGUAGUUAAUACAGUACCCUAAGCUUUGAUCACUCGUGCAUUAAUAACUCAAUUAUUGAAUAGGUCAUAAAGAUCAGCUAUUAUAGAUAUUAGCUCUUAUGCAGGAGUAAAGACUAUUCCAAUGACUGAAAUUUAUUCAGCAACAAAAGCCUUUAAUUUACACCUUUCUAGAAGUUUAAACUAAGAAUAUAGAAAAAAAAUAGAUUUUUUGACUUUAACUCCAUUAGUGACUUAAACUUAGAUGACUAAUAAAUAAAUCAAACAAGGAGCUUUAAAUGGCUAUAUUUCAGCUGAAUAAUUUACAGAAUCAUCACUAAAUCUAGUUGGAAGAAUUUAAUAUAAUAACGGAAAUUAUAUUCACUAAAUUCAAAGUGCUUUAUCUUCUAUCAUACCUGAAUAUUUGGUAGAUUUAUUAUCUUUUAAGUAAAUGAUUAAAGUAAAAGAUUCUUAUAACGUUGAAUAAAAUAAAAAUAAAUGA